ACGAGUAAUCUUUAGUGCUUUUAAACAUGUCGCUAUUUCUUCUAGUGUUGGUGUUAACGUUGAUUUGUAUUUUUGUGAAGAAGAAUUUGAGUUAUUGGGUUGAGAGAGGAGUACCUGGUCCUCAACCCUUACCUAUAGUGGGUAACAUUGGUAGAAAUAUCUUGGGAAAGGUGUCACAAGGACAAAUAUUCACAGAUAUAUACAGAACCUACCAGGAAUAUUCGUUUGUUGGAAUCUUCAGAGGAACUGUUCCAUAUUUACUUGUGAGAGAUCCAGACUUUAUCAGGAAUAUAAUAGUCAAAGACUUCAAGCACUUUCAAGAAAACAACGUUGCAGUAAAUGAAGACGUGGAUCCUAUUUUUGCAAGAAAUCCGUUCGUCAUCAAGGACAUCGCAGUAUGGAAAUUGAAGAGGGCACAGCUGAUAUCCUGUUUCUCAUCUGGAAAAAUGAAGAGGUAUUAUCCCUUAUUGGAAGAGUCUGCAAUGAAGAUGAUCAAAUACAUAGAAAACCAGUUAAGGACCUCUGCACCUUUAGAAUGCAGAGAGCUCAGUGUACGUUUCAGUCUAGAAAGUGUAGCUUCUUGUGUUUUCGGUAUAGAUGGCAAAUGUUUUGAAGAGGAUUACCCAAAAUUCAGAGAAAUGGCCGAUGAAGUUCUUUCGCCUAGAGGUCUGCUACGUGGCUUGAAACUUACAUUGAUAUUGUCCUGGCCAUCAUUAGCAAAACCUUUGAAGAUGAAAUUCGUUUCCAAAGAAGUAGAAGACAAAUUAUUUGGAACUGUGAGAAUGUCUCUCAAGCUGCGCAAGGAGAACAACGUUGUAAGAAAUGACUUUCUUGAUUACCUCAGCCAGCUUUCGUCCAACACGGAAUCAUUCAGCGAAAUGGAUCUCAUAGGACAUGCAGCUAGCUUUUUCAGCGGUGGAUAUGAAACUACCUCAAGGGCAAUGGGUUUCUUCAUAUUUGAGUUGGCAAUGAACCCUGAAUGUCAGGACAAACUCAGACAGGAAAUUAUCCAUUCUUAUGAAGAAAACGGAAACAAAUUCUCGUAUGAAUCAAUAAAUGAAAUGAGAUAUCUAGAUGCGUGCUUCAAUGAAAAUAUGAGGAAGAACGCCAUUUCUCACUACAUGACCAAAGUAUGUACAGAGAGAUACACGUUCACUCCUACCAACCCGGAAUACAAGAAGAUGUCGGUGACCUUGGAGCCUGGAACUCCUAUCAUAAUCCCUCUCAGAGGAUUACUCAGUGAUCCAAAAUACUGGAAUUCGCCUGAAAAAUUCGUUCCAGAGAGAUUUCUAGACAGAGAUAGCGUCCAUAAGUUCACUUAUUUGCCAUUUGGGGAAGGCCCCAGAAUAUGUAUUGGUCAACGUUUCGGUACAACCCAGCUGAAAGUUGUCAUAGCUCACCUCCUCAAGAACUUCGUGCUGGAAGUGAAUUCUAAGACACAAUUUCCUGUGAAAUAUAACCCUUUUCACAUUCUUCUAACACCUGUUGAAGGACUAUGGAUAAAUUUACGGAGGUUAAAAUAAAACACCUAUUAUAGAUAAUCUAUUGAUCGAUAUCAAUGUUGGCGGAAUUAUAAUCGUCAUGUUUGGUCUUAAAAUAAAUAAUUUCAAUCCAUA